CCGCCCGCCGUUAAUAUGACGCUGCCUCUCCGUCGUGCAGGGAUGUCGUCCCCCGGGAACCUCUCGGAAGAGCAGGUACAUUGCUCCAUCUGCCUGGAUGUUUUCAACGAUCCCGUGUCCAUCCCGUGCGGGCACAACUUCUGCCAGGUCUGCAUCCUGGGAUACUGGAAGAGCAGCCCGCUAUACCAGUGUCCCAUGUGCAAGAAGUCCUUCUACAAGAGGCCGGACACAAGCGUCAAUACCGUCCUGAGGGAGAUUGCUGAGCAGUUCAAGGAGAUGCGACUGAAGAGUGCGCCGGGGAAGGCCGCAAAAGGGAAUAGGUGGACCAUGGAAAGGCGCAGGGAAGAGGACAAGGUGCGGCUUUUGGAGGACGACCGUGACGAGGAGAUGAAGCUCAAGGGGAAAGACUACAGCAGAACCGAGGACGGACACGGAUCAAAUAGACCUCUGGAAGAGCCAACCGAAACUCCGCCGCCGGCGUGUCCAUCUCUAGCUCCUCCUUCCUGGAAGGAGGUCUUCUGUGAUGUUUGCCUCGGCAGAGGUCGUCCCAAAGCCGUGAAGUCCUGCCUGGUGUGCCUUACCUCCUACUGCGAGGAGCACCUCAAGUCGCACGCCAGCAGGUUCACCAAACACAAGCUGAUAGAGCCCGUGGCCAACAUGGAGGACCGCAUGUGCCCCAAGCACCAGCGCCUCCUGGAGCUUUUCUGCAAGAAGGACCAGACGUGUGUGUGUGUCCUGUGCACGGAGACGGACCACCGCGCACACUACACCGUCCCCGUGGAACGGGAAUGGACCGAGAAAAGGGCACAGCUGAAAAAGGUCCAAGUGGACGUGCAGCAGUUGAUCCAGGACAGAGUAAGGAAGGUGGAGGAGAUCAAACGCUCAGUCGAGCUCAGCGACGCGAGCGCGAAGAGAGAGACGGAGGACAGCAUCCAGGUCUUCUCCGAGCUGGUUCGCUCCAUCCAGAAGACUCAGGCCGACGCGGUGGCAGCCAUCGAGGAGAAACGGAGGCGAAUCGAGAGCCGAGCGCAUGAUCUGGUCGCCGAACUGGAAAGGGAGAUCGAUGAGCUGAGAAGGCGGGGCGUUGACCUGGAGAACAUGGACAGGACCGACCACAUUCACUUCUUGAAGAACUUUCCGGCUAUGAGCACCGCCCCGUCCAUCCACGACUGGACCCACACAAACGUUCCCACUGAUGUCAGCGUCGGCUUGAUCAGGACGGCCAUGUCCAAAUUGGAAAGCACCCUCAAGCAAAUGGUGGACAGGCUGGCGGACAGAGAGAUUGUGAAGGUCCUGAAGUACACAGAGGACGUGACUUUGGACCCGGAUACCGCCAACCCGUGGCUGCAGCUCUCCCAGGACAGGCGGCAGGUGCGUCACCUGGGGGCGUGGCAAGACCUCCCGGACCACCCUGACCGAUUCGACACGGUGGUCAUCGUCCUGGGCCGAGAGGGCUUCACCUCCGGGAGACAUUACUGGGAAGUCCAGGUAGGCGAGAAGGAUGACUGGUACCUGGGCGUGGCCAAAUCGUCCGUCAAGAGGAAAGGCCGCAUCUCUGUGAGCAGCGCCAACGGGUACUGGGCCCUCGCCAUGAAGAAGGGCCAAGGGUACCGCGUGUCCACCGUGCCGCCGCUCUCACUGGCGCUCAACCCCAAACCCAAAACGGUGGGAGUGUACGUGGACUACGAGGAGGGCCAAAUCUCCUUCUAUGACGUCAGGGCUCGCACGCACCUUUAUACUUUCACCGACAGGUUGUCGGAAAAGAUUCUUCCGUUUUUCUACUUGUACUGUUGCGACAAAGCCUCCGACACAAUCGUAAUCUGUCCCAUCGCGGAGAAAGCCCUGAUUCAGCAAAGCUAAAAAGACAUGAAAAAGAAGAAAAAAAUACCCUCAGUCUCUUAAGUAGAAGUACUGAUAUAGUACUUAGUGAUUUAAAAAUUAAACUGUGAUAGAAGUAAUACCCAGUCAAUUACAAUGCAUGCAUUGGAAAUUUC